GCCUGAAUGGUGUGCAUUGCAGCUUUUUUUUUUUUUUUUUUUUUUUUUUUUUUGACACUGGGAAGAAAAUCAGAGUGGCUGGAUAAAUAAUGGAAGUCGAAAAGGGUUUUUAUUCCUUAACAGGGUGAUGCUGUGGCCAAGAUUUAUCUGGGUCGGAGGAACCUGCAGAACCGGUAUCUUCAUACAAACUCCAGGUCUGUCUGUAAUACAAGGAACAGGACAGGCACAUUAGGGCUUUUAAAAUGACCUCUAAUAGGCAAAUGAACCAGCCUUGAGGAAGAAGUGGCCGUGACUGUGAGAAGCGCGUAUCAACAAGAGUGAGUGUUGCACACCUUCAUGACCCACUGUAUGCCAUAUCUGUAAUAGAAUAGUCACAGCCCCAGACAUGGGCUCUGCCGUGCUUGCACAUGCAAAGCUUUUGAACCUGUGGCUGUCACUGUUGAGUCUGGUAUACUGUUCUGCUGCUGCUUAUGUGGAUAAGCCCAACCCGAGCAAGAGUUUCUUGCCUCGCUAUGAACGUGAUCAUGGGGGUGCUGUUGGCUCUUCACAAGAUACAAGGCUACACGUUUUCACAGUGGACUAUGACUAUGUGCAAAUUCCCUAUGAAGUUACUCUUUGGAUCCUCCUUGCCUCUCUUGCAAAAAUAGGUUUCCAUCUCUAUCACCGAUUGCCAAGACUCAUGCCUGAAAGCUGCAUCCUGAUUGCCAUUGGAGCGCUAGUAGGAGCAAUCAUCUUUGCUUCUGAUCACAAAUCUCCACCGGUGAUGAACACAAGUAUUUACUUUUUGUAUCUCCUUCCACCCAUUGUCCUGGAGGAGGGUUAUUUCAUGCCAACUCGCCCAUUUUUUGAAAACUUUGGGUCCAUCCUGUGGUGGUCUGUGCUAGGAUCUCUGCUAAACUCCUUUGGGAUUGGCCUCUCCCUCUAUGGAGUCUGCCAGAUCGAAGCCUUCGGCCUGACAGACCUGAACCUGCUGCAGAACCUGCUCUUUGGCAGCAUGAUUUCAGCUGUGGAUCCUGUGGCAGCUCUGGUGGUUUUUGAAGAAGCCUCUGUUAAUGAGCAGCUUUACAUGAUGAUCUUCGGAGAGUCAUUGCUAAAUGAUGGCAUAACUGUGGUUUUAUAUAACAUCUUCAUCGCCUUCACCCAGAUGCACAGGUAUGAAGAAAUUGAAUCCAUCGAUGUCUUUGCUGGCUUUGCUCGCUUCUUCGUUGUGGGGCUGGGUGGCGUGUUGUUUGGCAUCGUCUUUGGAUUUGUUUCGGCGCUCAUGACUCGAUUCACCCACAACAUUUCUGCUAUUGAACCCUUGCUGGUCUUCAUGUUCAGCUACCUGUCAUACUUGUCUGCUGAAACCCUUUACAUCUCUGGCAUUUUGGCGAUGACAGCAUGUGCAGUGACGAUGAAAAAAUAUGUGGAGGAGAAUGUUUCCCAGAAUUCCUAUACCACGAUAAAAUAUUUCAUGAAGAUGCUGAGCAGUGUCAGUGAGACUCUGAUUUUCGUGUUCAUGGGAGUGUCUACAGUGGGGAAAAACCAUGAGUGGAACUGGGCCUUCAUUUGCUUCACUCUGCUCUUCUGCCUUGUUUGGCGGACACUGAGUGUAUUUGCUCUCUUCUACAUCAGUAACAAGUUUCGAACAUACCCCUUCACCUUCAAAGACCAACUAAUUAUUUCCUACAGUGGCCUUCGAGGAGCCAGCAGCUUCUCUCUUGCAUUCUUGCUUCCAGUGAAUCUCUUCCCAAGAAAAAAAUUGUUCAUUACUGCUACUCUUGUAGUUAUAUAUUUCACUGUGUUCAUCCAAGGAAUCACAAUUGGACCAUUGGUCAGAUAUCUAGAUGUUAAAAAGACCAAUAAAAAGGAGUCCAUCAAUGAAGAAAUUCAUGUCCGAUUGAUGGAUCACUUGAAGGCUGGUAUUGAAGACAUAUGUGGACAUUGGAGUCAUUAUCAGCUGAGAGAUAAAUUUAAGAAGUUUGACAAUAAGUAUUUGAAGAAAAUCUUAAUUCGGGAACACCAGCCCAAAUCCAGUAUUGUGUCAUUGUACAAGAAGAUGGAGAUAAAACUGGCCAUCGAGAUGGCUGAGAGUGGCAUGAAAAUUUCAAAAUCAUCCACAGCUUCUUUACAGAGGGGUAGAAACCGGCGUGUGCAUCGGCUCUCCCCCGCAGAGGUGGAGUCCAUGAGAUAUGUCCUGGCACAUAAUCUGUAUCAAGUGCGACAACGGGCACCAGCAUACAGCCGACACAACCUGCCCACCAACACAAAUGAGAAACAAGCCCAAGAAAUCCUCAUCCGUCGGCAGCACAGCCUGCGGCAGAGUUGCAGGAAGGGAAACAGCUUACCUUGGGGUAGACCGGCUAGAACCGCGGAAGUACGCUACCUCUCUUUGCCUCAGGGCCCCAGCCAGCACACUAGACAGAAGGCCAGACGUGUUACUUUCACAGAUUACCACAGUAGUGGCUCUGAUGCUGCGUACCCUGUAAUGUUGAGACCUCAGCCCCGGCUACGGCCACUUGAAACAAAGCAUCGCCAGGAAGAGCUGAUUCCAAUGGCACAUUUGGAUAAACGAGCGUGCCCAUCCAAUCUUUCAGGUCGAAGAGGAAAUUCAGUCAGCCAGCAUCGUUUCAUCAGAGCAAGCAGUCUAGCUCUAAUGCCAAAGUCUCGAUUCACUGUUGGAGAAUUAGAGAGGUAUGAGUCAGAAGAAGAGACAGAAAUGAUGGCACCAGCCAGGCCAUUAGCCAUAUGAGAAGCACAGAAGAGCAAUGUUUGCAUCUCUAGGGCCCUUUAUAUGCUGCUCCAGAGAAAAUAACAAAGCUCUUAUAUGAAUCAAACCACAAUUUUCCUUCUGGGACCAGUGCACUUGUAUCACUUUCAAGCGCUGUAUCAAGGUACUUAGUGCAUCAGCGAAGACUUAAAUUCUUAUAUGUUUAUAUCAAGCUUUCUUUCCAACAGAAUACUGCAGAAAAGAGGGCAACACAGUCUUUGUAGAGGUUUAGACAUGGAUUUAAACAACAGUGGUUGGGCACGUGCAGUGCUAUGGGUGACUGAUACUGCUUUCUUCUGUUCUGUACUGUGCCCUGCAUCCAGAAGAAAAACACCAAAGGACAUGCUUGGCACAUGAGUGCCCAGAUCGGUAACUUCAACUUGCCUAAACUUUUUGACCUCAGAGUAGCUGAGAUAUUCCUGGAAAGAGUUAAAAAACAGAAAGGCCUUUUUAGGGCACCUGAAUAUCACUGAAGAUGCCUAAACAAAUACUUAAAUCAAAAGGAUUUUUAGUGGAUGUUUUCAGCACUUGGAAAUCUCUUGGCAUCUCACAUUUUGGCUCUGCAAAAGUGCCUAAAAUCAGUUGCUGUGAUGGUCCAUGACUCCUGCUACUUCAGCCAGUUUCAACACAUAGGAACCUUUCACCUACCUGCAGUUGUUUUGGAUGAAUAAAGGAGGCAUUCUAGUACAUACAAAUGUAGAAGACUCUUCAGGCAGGGGUGCUGUCAGGACGCCUUUUAUUUGCAAAUGUGGGAUAGUAAGAAUGCACACAAUAUUCUUGUGGUUCAGCAAGUGGGAGGCUUCAUUGUAGAGCAUCUAAACUCCAUUCCCCACUCCUACCUUGCCAGAGGGUGCCCAAAUCGGCCGACCACUCUUCAUACUAAAGCUGGACCAGCACUGUAGACAGGAAACGAGAAACUGUGAUAAAAGGUAAAGGGAGCCUAACUCUGUAGCUUGCUGGCUAGCAGGAAAGAGAGGCCCUGUGUUUUGCUCCCAGCUUUUUAUAGGGUGUGUGCCUAUAUGUUGUAGAGAGAAGCAUUUGCUAAAAAAAGCAGAAAUAGCCUGGAGGACAUGCACUGGAGCCCAUGAUCUCCCAACCUUCCUACAGAGCUCCCUUCCAACUCACUCUGUGUGCCCAUGCUCCAGUCUCAGCGGUGGGUCUCCCUAGUGGUAGGAGAAGUGAGAAGCUCUAUGGUCGAGUAAUUUUGGAUAAAGUCUAAAAUCCCAGACACCUAGUUCCUCUGAUCGAACUUCUUUCUGCAAAAUGGAAGCAGCAUUGCCAUUCUCUUGAAACUGUAGGUGAGCUGAUUUUAUCCAAAGGGAUGAUUUGUGUCCAAAAGUUCAUAAACCCACCCUUACAGCUGCACUAAACUAAAAUUUACAGCUGAGAAAUACUCCAAGUUCAGUCAUGUUUUCUUCAAGUUUCCCUCUCUCCUCCACUCAGAGCUUGCUUAGAUGCCCAACUCAAGAUCCGUAAAUGCUACUGCAAGACUCAGAGAGGCAAGAAUUAGAUAGCAGUGCAACCUUUAUGUUUCACUUUUUAAUAUUAAUAUUAAGUGCUUAUAUGCCCUGGUCCAGAAAAAAACUUUUAAGUGUAAGUUAUGACUUUGCAUUUCUUACAAUGGAUUUAUGAUUCAGGACAGGUAGCAUCUAAACUAAUUAAUUUCAAAAGCGCUAUCAGAGAUAAAAAAUAAAAGCCUUUUUUCCCCUUUUCUCAUGUUUGCGGCAUUUAUGUUUAAUAGGUUAUAAUGAAUUGUCUGUACUGAAAUUGUACAAAGCUUUGUGAAACUUUAGUUCUGUUUGUGUUUCCUCAUUGUGCCAGAGAAAUUAUACAACUCCCUUUUAUGAAAGCAGCAGCAUGUUAUUAAAAGAGGGUAGGAUUUGGCUUUUGUAGCAACACUGAAUAAGCAAAUAAAUACAAUUCUGUACCUGAAAAUCAACAAAUAAACCCAGCUCCACCAAAAGAGGAAG